AUGAACAAAACUGUUUUAUUCGACGGCGUCGAUGACGCGAUACGGUCAAAGCUUUCCCUGAUGCCAGACGAAGAGAAAAAGGCAGAAUUUAAGACGGCCGUUGUUCCGGGCACCAGCGAACCGCUGUUCAACCAGAAUUUUACGUUUGAAGUACUGCCUGAAGAUUAUCACAAGCGAUUGAUCAUAUCCGUUUGGCACCGAGAUCCUGUGUCUCGGAAGAGUUCGCUGAUGGGCUGCAUGGCGUUCACUGUCAAAAGCGUACUUGACGAAAAGGUAAUCUUUAACAACUACCAAAACUAG